AUGGCUGCAGCUGCAGCAUCCAUGGAUGCGCUGGGAGCCUUCACCCAUCUCCAAACAAACCUGCCCGCAUGGAUUACCCGCGUGUCCGAGCUGGCCGCCCAUACCUCCGCCAAACACACCGAAUACUCAGAAGCCUAUCGCCGACAUACCACAGCCAAAUCGCGCCGCCGAAAGAACAGCUCCGUAUGCUCCAUUCACACCGAUACCCUCAUCCCGAUCGCGCAGCAGAAAACCCCCAGCCCGGAAGCCAUUGAUGUCGCCACCUCAAUGUGCAAGGACGAAAAGGCCAUGCCAUUACAACACGCCGGACGCAAACGCGGCACGGACGAAGCUCCAUCGGUCGACUCGAGCGAACGCUACGAUUUCGUCAGCACCCGCCACAACGUCAUCAUCGAUUACGACGGUCACACACAAAAGGUCCUCGAGCAGAUCGUGAAGGAUAUCGGUAUCGCCAGGAAUAACAUUCGCCGUGGCAAAAUGUCAUUAAUGCCCUCUCGCAUGGGUAUUCGCUCGAACUUGCUCAACAGGACCGCCGGUGCACCGGGCGCGGCCGAUUCGUCGCCUGUCGUCUCCCUUGCUUGCGUUCGAAGCACACGAACCGGGACUGGCUUGGUUGGUGUGACAGGGACGUCAAACGGGGUGAGCAAGGACUCGCCCUUUGACUUUUCUGAUAAGCAACUGGAGCUCGCGUAUGGUCUUUGCGAGACAGCUGCCUUCCAGGUUCUCCGGUCCGGCGACUGCGGGACAGAACUCGAUGGCGUUGAGGAGAAAUUCAAGAUGCUACUGGAAAUGACCAACAAUGAAGUUGUGCGCCUUGAGGAAGAAAAGAAACAAAAACAGGAGCAAGCGACCGAGGAAGAAAAAGAAGAAUCAAAGCCGCCGUCGCCCCCUCUGACUUCAGCAGCUGCUCGACUCGCUCGGAUAUCGGCCCUUUCGGCAACUAAGCAACCCGCUGCCGCCAUAAUGGGCCCCAUCGAAGUCGACGAUGAUUCUUCCUUGUCGGCCGAGUCCCUCGAACUCGACAUGUCCGCAUUCCGAGCCUCGCGGAUCCGUGUUUAA